GAGAUCGCUUUCACUUCUCACAUCUCUCCUCUCCUCUUCUCCACACGAAGAGAUAGAGUGAAAUACCAAGAGAGAAAAAAAAGAGAGAAUAAUUUCCCCCUUUUCUCUCUUCCGUGCCGGAGAAUCGAUGGAGAUUAGGGCGCCGCCGACGAGCCUGAGGCUCGCGCCGCCGCCGCCGGCCUCCGCCAGCUUCCGCCGGACCGCGCUCAGGACCUCCUUCCUCAACGGCAGCGUUUCACUUAGACUUAUUCAAGUGCGCCAAUCAAAUGUCAACAGGUUUAAGUGCAAUGGCAUAAGAAGUAACCUCCUUGAUAGAUUUUCUAGGGUUGUAAAGUCCUAUGCAAAUGCAGUCUUAAGUUCAUUUGAAGACCCUGAAAAGAUCCUAGACCAGGCUGUUUUGGAAAUGAAUGACGAUUUGACAAAGAUGCGGCAAGCCACUGCACAGGUCUUGGCUUCUCAAAAGCGGCUUGAGAACAAAUACAAAGCCGCUGAACAAGCUUCUGAUGAUUGGUAUCGGAGGGCUCAACUUGCUCUUCAGAAGGGUGAUGAGGAUCUUGCUCGUGAAGCCCUUAAGCGGCGUAAAUCAUAUGCUGACAAUGCAAGCUCCUUAAAGGCCCAGCUUGAUCAGCAAAAGGGCGUGGUUGAGAACCUGGUAUCAAAUACUCGGGUUCUUGAAAGCAAGAUAGCAGAGGCUAAGCAAAAAAAAGAUACCUUAAAAGCCCGUGCUCAAUCAGCCAAGACUUCAACAAAAGUGAGCGAAAUGCUGGGGAAUGUAAAUACUAGUGGUGCUCUUUCAGCAUUUGAGAAAAUGGAGGAAAAAGUUAUGGCAAUGGAGUCCCAAGCAGAGGCACUCGGUCAGUUGGCAACUGAUGAUCUUGAAGGAAAGUUUGCAUUGCUUGAGACUUCAUCGGUUGAUGAUGACCUUGCACAAAUGAAAAAGGAAAUUUCUGGAAGCUCUUCGAAAGGAGAACUUCCUCCAGGUAGAACGGCAGUCAGCAAUUCAGGAGCAGCGCGCCCUUUCCGAGACAUCGAGAUUGAGAAUGAGCUAAAUGAGCUGCGGAAGAAGGCCAAUGAAUAUUAGAUUAUGCAGUUUCCUUGUCCCUGCACCAGGCCUGACGAAUCCUUUAGACUGAAGAACCCCGGGAAGAUAUAGGAUGGUCUUCAGGUUUCUCCAAUGCCCCUUUGUUGAACCACCAGUGCAGCCUUUUUUCCCCCCAAGAGUAUAAUGGAUGCGUAAAAAAAAUUCUACAUUUUGCAGUGUGAUUGACAUUGACUGUACAGUUAGCUACAUAGUUAUGUAAAAGUCAUAUUGCUCUUUCUAGAGCUGACUCUGCAUAUUUUAGUGGAAAGCCAAAAAUUUCCGUCCUCGUGCA